GUCAGCGCCACUGCGGCUCGGCGGGCGCGUCACGUGGCCGGCGCGGCGCGGCCUCCGGGUUUUCAGGCUCCGGCGAGGGGCCGGGCGGGAGGACGGAGGGACCCACCGACGCACCCUCGCUGGCACCGGGCGGCUGAGCGCGGGUGGCCCGGGGACGGACGGGCUAGGGCGCGCCCGGGGAUGGGCGCGCCGGGGGUCACCGCGCGCACGCCGGGCUGGGCGCGCCGGCCGGGGCUCGGGGACGGCGGCGGGCGAGGGUCUUCCCCGGCGACCGCCGCGGAGCCCCCGCGGGGCCCGUGACGCCGCGGCCGAUGUGGCCCCGCGCGUUGCGGGCCUGCACCGCCGCCGCACAAAGACGCCGCCGCAGCCGCCGCCCGCACCCGGGCCGCAGCCGCCGAGCCAGCCCUAGCCCCAGGCGGAGCCCCGGCCGCAGGGCGGCAGGCGUCCGCGCGCGGCCCGCCCCGGCAUGGAGAAGCGCGCGGCCGCGGGGCCGGAGGGGGCGCCGGGCGCCAGGGCGCCGCUCGCAGUCGUCUGCCUGGUGAACCUCUUUCUCACUGGGAGGCUCAGCAGUGCGGUUCCUGCCUUAGGCAAAGCAGGAACUACAUGGGGUUUCAGGUUUCAGCCUGCCACUCAUCCCCCCGAGACUCAAGCUGCCUGCAGCGGGAAGCUGGAACAGCACACCGAACGGCGAGGGGUCAUCUACAGCCCAGCCUGGCCCCUCAACUACCCGCCAGGCACUAACUGCAGCUGGUACAUUCAGGGUGACCGUGGUGACAUGAUCACCAUCAGCUUUCGAAACUUCGAUGUGGAGGAGUCUCACCAAUGCUCCCUCGACUGGCUGCUGCUGGGCCCAGCAGCUCCACCCCGCCAGGAGGCCUUCCGCCUCUGCGGUUCAGCCAUCCCACCUGCCUUCAUCUCUGCCCGUGACCACGUCUGGAUCUUCUUCCACUCAGACGCCUCCAGCUCCGGCCAGGCCCAGGGCUUCCGCCUCUCCUACAUCCGAGGGAAGCUGGGCCAGGCCUCCUGCCAGACUGAUGAGUUCCGCUGUGACAACGGCAAGUGCCUGCCUGGGCCUUGGCAGUGCAACAUGGUGGACGAGUGUGGGGACGGCUCGGACGAGGGCAACUGCUCGGCCCCCGCGUCGGAGCCCCCGGGCAGCCUGUGCCCCGGGGGCACCUUCCCGUGCAGUGGGGCUCGCUCCACGCGCUGCCUGCCGGUAGAGCGGCGCUGUGACGGCACCCAGGACUGCGGCGACGGCUCUGACGAGGCCGGCUGCCCCGACCUAGCGUGCGGCCGGCGGCUGGGCAGCUUCUACGGUUCCUUCGCCUCCCCGGACCUGUUUGGCGCUGCCCGUGGGCCUUCGGACCUGCACUGCACGUGGCUGGUGGACACGCAGGACCCCCGGCGCGUGCUGCUGCAGCUGGAGCUGCGGCUGGGCUACGAUGACUACGUCCAGGUGUACGAGGGCCUGGGCGAGCGUGGCGACCGCCUGCUGCAGACCCUCUCCUACCGCAGCAACCACCGGCCUGUGAGCCUCGAGGCAGCCCAGGGCCGUCUCACCGUGGCCUACCACGCUCGCGCCCGCAGUGCCGGGCACGGCUUCAACGCCACGUACCAGGUGAAGGGCUACUGCCUCCCGUGGGAGCAGCCGUGCGGGGGCAGCGGCAGCGAGGGAGACGAUGGCGGCGCCGGGGAGCAGGGCUGCUUCUCCGAGCCGCAGCGCUGCGACGGCUGGUGGCACUGUGCCAGCGGCCGGGAUGAGCAGGGCUGCCCGGCCUGCCCUCCCGAUCAGUAUCCCUGCGAGGGUGGCAGCGGCCUGUGCUACGCAGCCGCCGAUCGCUGCAACAACCAGAAGAGCUGCCCCGACGGCGCCGACGAGAAGAACUGCUUUUCCUGCCAGCCCGGCACCUUCCACUGCGGUACCAACCUCUGCAUCUUCGAGACGUGGCGCUGUGACGGGCAGGAGGACUGCCAAGAUGGCAGCGACGAGCAUGGCUGUCUGGCUGCCGUGCCCCGCAAGGUCAUCACCGCCGCCCUCAUUGGCAGCCUGGUAUGCGGACUGCUGCUUGUCAUUGCCCUAGGCUGCGCCUUCAAACUCUACUCCCUGCGCACGCAGGAGUACAGGGCCUUUGAGACCCAAAUGACGCGUUUAGAGGCGGAGUUUGUGCGGCGGGAGGCGCCUCCAUCCUAUGGCCAGCUCAUCGCGCAGGGCCUCAUCCCUCCGGUUGAGGACUUCCCUGUCUACAGCGCCUCCCAGGCCUCAGUGCUGCAGAACCUCCGCACGGCCAUGCGGCGACAGAUGCGAAGGCACGCCUCCCGCAGGGGUCCAUCCCGGCGCCGCCUCGGCCGCCUCUGGAACCGGCUCUUCCACCGGCCGCGGGCGCCCCGAGGCCAGAUCCCGCUGCUGACCGCCGCCCGUACCUCACAGACCGUGCUGGGCGAUGGGCUCCUUCAGGCAGCCCCGGGGGUUGUCCCAGACCCCCCGGGACCCCAUACAGACGCAGGCAGCCCCAGGGAAGCUAGAGCGGGGCCUCCCAGUGCCCCCGGCCAUGCACCGGAAGUGGGACCUUCAGUGCCAGCCCCACCCUUGAACCUGCGAGACCCAGAGUACAGACCAGAGGGCAAGGAGAGAAAGGCCUGUGAGGACCCUCAGGAAGACAGCCCGGCCCCCGUGGACACACCUCCAGAGCCCUGCUUGGCCCAAGACCCCUACCCCCAGACUCCCACUGCCAGCGGCACCCAAGAUCCCCAAUUGCCAGAGCCACUGAGGGUCUGCAGGAGCCCCCCACCAACGUGCUCCCCCGUAUUGGAGGCUAGCGAUGACGAGGCCCUGCUGGUCUGCUGACCACCGGACACGCUGGUGACUGCCACAGCCCCGCUUUGUAACCAGGGAAUACACGGUCAUUUCUACCCUGCCUCCGCAGUCUUUCUUACAGAGACCCACCCGGCAGCCCCGGUGGAGGGCCUGGGCUCAGCCAGUGAGUGGGCUGAGGCCCUGUGGCUUUGACGGGCAUUGCUGGCAGGGGCUCCAGGGGGUUGGCCUGGGAAAGAGGGUGGGGUGUUGAGACCACCCUUGAGGUCAGCAGAAGCACAGCGGUCCUUGGAGUGUCACGUCAGAUUGCUCCCCGUCGCUCCAGUCUGGGGGGUUUAUUCCCGAAGGGCGGGACAGCCAGAGCCAGGCCCUCUGGAAUGUUUCCUGCGGCUUCUCGGUUCGUUCACCCCACAGUAGCACCAGCUGCACAUCCCAGAACUGUGCCAGGAGCCGUAGUUGAGGCCUGAAAAGGCCGAGGGGGGUGUUGGACCUCCUUCAUGGUGAGUGUUUCAGCUACGUCUCCUCACAGGGGCCCUGGGGAAAGUGGGCUAGUAGCUUCCGCCCCAUCCUCAGGGGCAGCGUGGGCCUGGCUAGGCUGGCGCCCUUUGCCUGCUAGCCGCUGGGUCAGUCCCAAGCGUCGCGACAAGGCUGGAGAUAUGAGAAGAGAGGCCAUUCUCUGCUUUCUCAGGAGAUAGGAGCCAAGGUGGUGACUGAAGGUGGUAUCGUCCUUCCUGUCCUGCCUCGGAGCCUCAGUUUCCCCACCCAAAGCCAGGGCUGUGCUGUCAGAAGUAAUAGCGUCCACUCUGUGAUUUAUGGGAAGGACAGCCCCAGCUGGAGACUUCUGGGUUCUUCUGGGUGGCUGAGUUGAAGGUGGCGUGGAGGGUCAAGGGUGGAGCAUCACUGUCUCCUAUGGGCCUCACGGAGCCAGCCUCAGGUUCAAGCAGCAACUCCCACCAGGGCUGACAGCCUCCUCCACAGCGCCUUCCCAGCUAGCAGCCCAUAUCCCGCACUGAGGCACGGCCCCAUAGACACCCCUUGCACACAGCAACAACCAGCCCUGUUUAUUUACAGGCUUUUCCAGAGACGCUAGCAGAGCAUUGCUAAGGCGGGAAGUCUGACCCCGGUGGCCAGUCCCUUAUAAUAGGCCUCUAAGGGUCGGAUCUCUCUUUUUUUUUUUUCCAGAAAAAAAAUUUGAAAACAAAACAAAACACAAAACCCUCCUCAAUAAACAACAUGUAAACAGAA